AUGCACCGUCUUCAAAGAAUGAGGCUGUUGGAAGUAGACACCAUCUUGGCUAAACAACUGCUGCAUACCACAAUUUAUCACAUAUGGAAAGAGAGGAGUGCACGACGUCAUCAGCAGAGUAGAGUAACCACUGAUCAUAUGUGUCGGCUCAUUGGCAAGGAAGUGAGAAAUAGAAUUACUUCUCUGAAGUACAAGCAUGAUCAAAAAUAUGGAGGAUUACUAAGAAGAUGGUUCCAGCUUACCUCCUAA